CUAGGUCUGCCACAGGCUUUCCAAGAUGGGCGCGUACAGAUAUAUUCAAGAGUUAUACCGCAAAAAACUAAGUGACGUUAUGCGUUUUCUUUUGCGUGUGAGGGUAUGGCAGUAUCGCCAGUUGACCCGUAUGCAUCGCGCUCCCAGGCCGACUAGGCCAGACAAGGCUAGGAGGCUCGGAUUCCGCGCAAAGCAAGGCUACGUUGUUUUCAGAAUCCGUGUGCGCCGCGGUGGCCGCAAGCGCCCAGUAGCCAAGGGCGCAACCUAUGGCAAACCCAAGAGCCAUGGUGUCAACCAGCUGAAACCUACACGCAACCUGCAGUCCAUUGCUGAAGAACGAGUUGGUCGCCGUUGUGGAGGCCUCAGAGUGCUGAACUCAUACUGGGUCGCCCAGGACUCUUCCUAUAAAUAUUUUGAAGUCAUUCUUGUUGAUCCUUCUCACAAGGCCAUCCGCAGGGAUCCCAAGAUCAACUGGAUAGUGAACGCUGUGCACAAGCAUCGCGAGAUGCGUGGUCUGACAUCGGCCGGCCGCAGUUCGCGUGGUCUUGGCAAGGGUCACCGCUACUCACAAACCAAGGGAGGCUCUCGUCGCGCUGCCUGGAUCCGCCGCAAUACAUUGCAACUGCGCCGCAAGCGAUAGACACUUACUUCAUCAACCCAGUGACUUUCUAUUUGCUUUACUUGAUUGUCAGAUGGAAAGCCAGUGGAUUUUAAUUAAACAUGAUCCCAAA